UUAAUAGUAGUAUAAUAGACAACCGCGUAAUAACACAUUGUUAUCAAAAGCAAAGCAACAAAACAUGGCUGACACCGAAAUUGUUGAAAAUGUUGUCAACUCUACUUCAAAUGAUACUAUAUCUGGUGGUGCAUUGGGUAGAGCAGCUGCUACGCCUCAAGGACUUCUCCUUGCUUAUGUCAGUCUUGUUGUUAUGGCACUUUUGCCUAUUUGGUAUGGGUCAUUUCGAUCUGUGGUUUUCAAUAAAAAACAAAAAGAAUCAGGAGAAAAAGUCGAAUCAAUGAGUAAAAAAGAUGCUGCAAUGUUUCCAAUAGUUGCUAGCUGUGCUUUGUUUGGAUUAUUUUUAUUUUUUAAGUUCUUCAACAAAGAAUACAUUAAUAUGUUGUUAACAUUUUAUUUCUUUGUUCUUGGUGUAUUUUGUGUUUCAAACUUAUUGAGGCCUAUUGUUUGCUAUGUGUUGCCUGGUUCAUUUCCCAACUCGAACUACCAUGCUCAAUUCUGUGAGGGUGAAGGAGAUAGUAAAAAAACUCAUAUUGAUUACAAGUUUGACAGAAUUGAUUUAGUAUGUUUAGUUUUUGCUGCUAUAUUUGGAGUGUGGUAUUUAAUUAAAAAACAUUGGAUUGCCAAUAAUUUAUUUGGACUUGCUUUUUCAUUAACUGGAGUAGAGUUGCUUCAUUUAAAUAGUUUCCCGAUUGGCUGUAUACUUCUUGGUGGUUUAUUUUUUUAUGAUAUUUUUUGGGUAUUUGGUACCAAUGUUAUGGUUACUGUUGCUACAUCGUUCGAAGCUCCAAUUAAAUUAAUUUUCCCCAUGGAUUUCUUGGAGAACGGUGUCAAUGGUAAAAACUUUGCAAUGUUAGGUCUAGGAGAUAUAGUGAUACCAGGUAUUUUUAUUGCACUAUUGCUUCGAUAUGACAACAGUAAAGGCAAAGGUUCAUACGCAUAUUUCUAUGCUAGCUAUAUUUCAUACUUUUUGGGACUGUUGUUAACAGUUGCUGUCUUGCAUUUUUUUAAAUCGGCCCAACCAGCUUUGUUGUAUCUGGUGCCUGCUUGUAUUGGAAGUGCACUCCUAACAGCUCUUGUUAAAGGAGAAAUUUCUGAGUUAAUUAAAUACGAGGAUCAUCCCGAAGAAAUGUUAGCUAACAGAACAACAAAUUCUGUAAAAAAAGAAGAAUAAAGAGUCGUAAAAAAAAUUUAAUAUUUAUUUUUAAUAAUGGUGUAAGAUUAAUUUAGAAAUAAAAUUUCUAAGACAA